CGCUGUGUGAGAGCGCUGCUAUCACUGCUCCCUCCACUCAGUCUGCGCUCCUCUCUUGUUGUCCACAGGCUCUCUCUUGCCGUCUCUCAGAUUUUUCUCGCCUCAUCUUUUUUUUUUUUUUCCCCCUUGCUGUCCACCUCCACCUCCACCCCUCCUGCUCCUCUUUUCUCCUUCUGUGAUUCUGCCCCACAGGGAGAGAGAUAGGAUCUGUUACACGCCGCAGCUGUUACACAUCAAGAGCUCAGACUCUUUACAGCUGCCCAUGCUGGUUGGACCAUCCCCAGUUGGUACUUGAGUGAGUGGGCGCUUGACAGACUUAGCACCUUGAAGGUGCAGGAGGUGUGACAUAGUCCCAGCCUACCACGCAUUCAUUCGUACCAGAUUAAGCUAUUGCAUGAUGCUGCAAGCAGAAGGCCUGGCACAGGCGAUUUACCAUCCCUGCCAGACUUAACAUCUUCAGACGCCUCCUCUCUGCUCGGCUAAAGUCUUCUCUGGAAGGACUGCCCAGAGUCAUCCGCAACUCUACUAACAAUAUCACCCAAAGGGAUGACUGGAGGUCACCUUGCACAGGAGUAAGAGAGGCAGCAAUGGGCUGGACUAUGACUCUGAAAGAUGACUUUGGGGUCAGCGCCUGGACACGGCACACUGGGAACUUCCUCAGCCUUUUCCUUCUCAUCUCGUCUCUCUUUUCCAUUCCAGCCCACUCGGACAUUGUACUUUCCAAAGCCCAUCAUUUUUCAUGGAAAGCAGGCUCGUGGGGUCAGUGUGUCGGGGAGGUGUGUGGCUCAGGUGGGGUUCAGACAAGGGCGAUAUGGUGUGUUCACAUGGAGGGCUGGACGACCCAUAACUCGCACUGCCAGCACGUGGAAAAACCAGAAAGCAAAAGGCAAUGCUUUAAGGUCUGCGACUGGCACCAAGAUCUUUUUGAAUGGGAGAUUUCUGACUGGGGGGCUUGUGUUCUUGUCCCUUUCUUUUCCAAUGAACUCAAGAUGAGGACUACUGAGUGCAUUACAGCACAGCAUGGCAUUCAGAGGCGCAAUAUCCACUGUGUUCGCACUUCCAAUCGAAGCACUGUCAGCAUAAGGAUAUGCGAGUUCUUCUCCCAGAAGCCACCUGUGGAGCAGGCCUGCCUCAUCCCCUGCCCUCAGGACUGUGUGGUUUCAGACUUUACUACAUGGUCGAGUUGCAGCAAAACCUGUGGUGCUGGUCUACAGCAUCGGACUAGACACGUCCUGGCCGCGCCGAUGUAUGGAGGGGCUAACUGCCCUAAUCUAACCGAGACCAGGACUUGUACUAACUCUGUUGACUGCCCUGUUGCAGAAGGGGAGUACCAGUACAGCCUUAAAGUAGGGGCCUGGAGUAAGUGCCGACUACCCCAUAACAAGGACGCCGUCUUAAAUGGAAGGACCACAGUGGACUUUGGUGUUGGCUCCAAUGAGAACAACUCUAUCACGACACAAACACUGGAUUCUCAUCACCAAUUACGUCAUCACCAGUACCACCACAACCACCAAGCUCAAGCCCAUAUACGGUACCCGAUGUCAUGGGAGCUGGAAGUGGGAUAUCAGACCCGACAUGUACGCUGUGCGAGAAGUGAUGGCAAGAAUGUUAUGCUAAGUUUAUGUACCAAGGACACCUCCCCACUGACCUUCCAGGCAUGUGUGAUGCCCAAAGACUGUCAGACCUCUGACUGGUCAUCGUGGAGUUUCUGCUCAAAGACCUGCCGAUCCACCGAUCUGUCCCCUGGGUAUCGCGUCCGGACACGGAUCAUGACACAGAUCCCACAUGGAGAAGGAAAACAAUGUCCUGCACUUGAAGAAAAGGAAGCCUGCAACAUCAUAGGAGAUUUACUUCCAAAAUGUCCCAGGUACACCUGGAGGACCACUGACUGGGGUGAAUGCCGCAUCCGACCCUUACUGGGCCAGCAGGAUCGACGGCGGGCUAACAUCAGUCUGCUGUGUGGAGGUGGAGUCCAGACCAGGAAGACCUACUGUGUUCAAGUCCCUGAUGAUUCAGCAGCACAUUACAAGAAGGAAGUGUCCAGGCCUGUGAAUGCUUGGCUGUGCGAUGGAGAUGAUCCUCCAUUGGCCGCUCAGACCUGCUCCGUUCCUUGCCAGCAUCAGUGCUUGCUGUCCCAGUGGUCGCCCUGGAGUGCCUGCCUUCAUGAAAACUGCAAAGAACCUCAAGGGAAGAAAGGUUUCAGACUAAGGAAGAGAGAGGUGUUGUGGGAGUCCAGUAAUACUCUGGGGACUUGCCCUCAUCUGAUGGAGUUCAUCCCCUGUGAGGAUCCUGCCUGCUACCUGUGGCAAACCCAACAAAAGGGAAAAUGCAUUCCCACCAACAGCUCCUGUGGUCCUGGAACCGCAGUACAGAAUGUGACCUGUGUCGACGCUGAAGGAGGUGAUGUGCCCGACGGCCACUGUGUAGAAGAGCCUCCACCCACUGAGGAGGCCUGUGAUGUUGCCUGUUCUACAGACUGUGUGGUGGGCUCCUGGUCCUCCUGGUCUUCCUGCUCACACAGCUGCGCCACAAAGACCGCAGAGGGCAAGCAGAGCCGCAGUCGCACAGUAUUAGCCAUCCCAGGAAAAGAUGGUAAAGCAUGCCCACCUGCCCCAGCCCUACAGGAAUGGCGAGUCUGCAAUGACCAUCCUUGCUCUGUGUUUUACUGGGAAGCCUCUGAAUGGGGACCCUGUACUGAGGACGCGUCUUCUAAAACCAAUGAAACUAGCUCCCGCAAUGAGACGUCCGCCUGCCCUGUUGGUGUUCAGAGCCGAAACGUCAGCUGCAUGAGGAUGAAUGCUGCUCCAGUCUUAAGUAAAAGGUGUUUAGAGUCUUCUCGCCCAGAAACUACCCGACCCUGCUUGUUUCCCUGCAAGAAGGACUGUGUGGUGACCCCCUUCAGCGAAUGGACAGCAUGUCCAGCAUCUUGUCUCCCAGAUAAUUCAACUGCUGCAAUGCAAUCUCGGUACAGAAUCAUCAUUCAGACGCCUGCUAAUGGAGGUCAAGAGUGCCCAGACACACUGUACGAAGGAAGGGAGUGUGACUCAGUUCGUGUAUGUCCGGUGUUUAGGUGGAGGAUGAACAAGUGGCACAGUUGUACCCUGGUGCCCGAUUCUGUUAGACGAGGAUUAUCGGGAUCAGGAGAAGCCUGUGGAAAUGGUUUAGAAACAAGAGGAAUCAGUUGUGUUUGGGAAGAUGGGGAGCCAGCCAACAUGACAGAGUGCCUGAAAUGGGCUGGACCCUUUCCCUCUCAGAUUAGAGAGUGCCGGGUGGCGUGCAAGGACGACUGCACUCUGACUGCUUGGUCCAAGUUUUCUGACUGCACCGGGUGUGGCGGCUCACGCACUCGCAGGCGUUCACUUGUAGGCCGCAGCAAAAAGAAGGAGCGUUGCCUGAAUGCGGAAAUGUACCCGCUGGAAGAGAACCAGACUUGUCCCUGUAAUGAGUUUUUGUCUCAGCCUUUUGGGAAUUGGUCUGCGUGCAUCCUUCCAAAUCCUCCGGUUUUUGAGUCGCUGCACGGUUGGAUGAGGCACCGAGAGGUAAAAGAGUGCGGCCAAGGUCUCCGCUACAGAGCCGUGGCCUGCGUUGACCAGCGGGGACACCUGGUUAACCCCGUGCUCUGCACAGACUCAGGCUACAUCGUGGAGGUUUGUCACAUCGCUUGCCCCCUGGACUGUAAGCUCAGUGAUUGGUCUUCUUGGUCGGCAUGCAGUUCCUCCUGUGGCAGCGGGCUGAAAAUCAGGUCCAAGUGGCUCAGGGAGAAAGCCUUUAACGGCGGACGGCCCUGCCCCAAGCUGGAUUUGAAGAACCAGGCUCAGGUAUACGAGGCUGUGCCGUGCAACAGGGAGUGCGGCCAGUACGAGUGGCGGACCGAGCCCUGGUCCAUUUGCACCAUCAACACUGUGGACGACUUGCCAGCUUGCGGAGAGGGAGUCCAGAGUCGCAAGAUCAGGUGUGUGAUGAGGGGAACAGCAAGCAGGGAGGAUGGCAGCCCAGACGACAGUAUGUGUGAUCCAGAGGAAAUGCCUCCCAGGGCCCAGGUUUGCUAUUUAGCCUGUCCUAAUGACUGCGUUGUGUCAGCCUGGGGAGCCUGGAGCAACUGCUGUCCGCAGUGCGACGCUGGCAGCGCGAGGAACAGAAGCAGACAGAUCCUCCGCCUCCCCGCCGUGGAGAACGCGGCCUGUCCAGACCUGGUCCAAUCAGAACCUUGUCUUCUCAACAGUACCUAUUUCACAUACCAGUACAGAGUCUCAGACUGGAGUACCUGCCAGCUGAGUGAAAAUGCCAUCUGUGGUCAGGGGUCGCGGUCACGUCUCCUGGACUGUGUGCAGAGUGAUGGAAAAACAGUGGCGUUGCAGAAGUGCCAACAGUUUGGCCUGAUCAACAAGUUGCAGCUGUUGGAGAGCUGCGUUGUUGACUGUCCUGUCAGCUGCAUCCUCUCUGACUGGUCGCCGUGGGCGGAUUGCUCGCACACCUGCGGUACCCAAGGUCACUCUGUCCGCACACGGAGGAUCCUUCAGGAGGCUCAGGAGGAGGGUCGUCCCUGCCCCAGCCAGCUCUCCCAGACUAAGCCGUGCUCCAUAAGGCCGUGCUAUAUGUGGCUGCUGAAUGACUGGUCUCUGUGCGCUGUGGAGGGUGCAAAAUGCGGAGAGGGGGUCCGGAGAAGAAACCUGUCGUGUGUUGUCCACUGGGGGAACUGGCACGAGUCUCCUCCCCCUCAGCCUGUAGACAGAGAGCUGUGUGGAGAUGUGCUGAGGCAGCAACUCCAGCAGGAAAUGGAGCAGCCGUGCUUCGUCCCCUGCCCAGGUGAUUGCCAUUUGACACAGUGGUCCACCUGGAGCUCCUGCCAGCUGACCUGCCUGGAAGGCCGCAGCUUUGAGUCCACGGGUCGCCAGGCGCGAUCCAGAGCUGUGAUCAUUCAAGCCAUGGAGAACCAAGGCAGCUGCCCCCAUCAGGUCUUUGAGACCCAGCCUUGUAAAGGAGGAAAGUGCCACAGCUACCAGUGGAAAACAGGGGGAUGGACAAACAAYGAGAGGCCAGUGUGGUGUCAGCGCUCAGAUGGAGUUAAUGUCACAGGGGGCUGUUUCCCACAGAAAAGGCCCACUACCCUUCGACACUGCCAUCCUCCGUGCACGAAACCCUUCUCACAUUGCACGCCGAGUGGAGUGUGUGGGUGUGAGAAGGGCUACACCGAAGUGAUGACCUCGCAUGGGUUCUUGGACUACUGCACCAGAACCCCCGGAGUGGACAACAGCAAGAAAGCCGAUGUGAAAACUAACUCUGGAAGAUUAAAACCCCGGCCGUCUCAGUCCAACGACCUCUUCAGCGAGUGGACCUUAAGGCCCGUUGGCCCAGAUGGAAGAGUAAAGCUGUGGGUUUAUGCCGUAGCCAUCGUCGGAUUCAUUGUAGUACUUUUCAUCGCCACGCUGUCAUUCCUGAUCUGCAAGCCAUCCAAAACCUCCAAAGCGUCUCCUCCACCRCAGAAGCCCUUGACUCUUGCCUAUGACGGCGAUGUGGAUAUGUGACCGGGCUGCUGUACCAGCCAGGUCACAUGACUGGCGUUGGGCAGGAUUCUGGCCUGGUUUGCAUUGUUGCCAAGCACAUACCCCGACCUGCUUGAGCCGGGUUAUGUUUGCGAUAGUAAAGCGAUUUGGUCUGCCGCUGACGGCGCCGAGUAUUGGCCGGAUCAAACAAGCGGAGCCAAAGCCAGUUGAGCCAAGACUGAGACAUGGACCUCUAGAUCCUGUUUUUCUAUAACUGCCUGCAACAUGAACACGCGGUUCAAGCACCAUUUGCAAAUGAUGAAGCAAGAAGACUUUCAGGCACUAGAGACAAAAUGAAUCCGCAAGUGAAUCCACUGUGGAGGUUUGUGAAGUGUCAGCAAUCAGAGGGACCACAUUUCAUUUUUUUUUAAUUUGUUUUGGAGAUGCUCCAGUCUGUAGUUACACAUUCUACUGAAAUGUAUUUUAAUUUUUCUCAAUAGUUUCUGAACUUUGUGAGAGGUAAUGUCACAAGCUCUUUGGAUAAACUCUUUUAUUUCUUAUUUUCAAACAAAUGAGGUGGUCUAUGCACUACGUUAGUGCUGAUUCGUUUUUUUUGUUUUUGUUUUUGAUGACUUUUCUAGUGUUUUAACYGUAAUGCAAGUUUUAAUUUAUUUAUUUUUGCUGUCUGAUUGUGUAUUGUUGAUGAUGCAAUAUGUUGUGUAUAUGUGGAAACCAAAAUCAAAGCCUGCCUCGAGUUUAAGGGCAAAUGUAAUUCGGCUAUUUCUCCGUUCUCACGUGACUC